AUGGGGUUCACCACCAAGCUGUUCGCCGGCGCUCUUGCGGCUGGCCUCGCUGCCGCACAACCGUCCCCUGACGUUCAGAAUAGGAUUACCGCUGCUAUCGAGGCAGCCGCGAAGGCCAACUCGACGGCCGACCUCGACUACACUGCGUUCGUCAACCCGUUCAUUGGCACAGACUCUAUCAACUACGGUGAUGUCUGUCCUGGAGCCGCUGUGCCCUUCGCCAUGGUGCGCGUUACCGCCGACUUCACAGGUUACGCUCCGGCUGGUUACAUUGAUGACGCGACCCAAAAAUGCCGUGGCCUGAGCCCCAUGCACGACAGUGGAACGGGCUCCUCCCUAGGCACGUACGGCAACUUCGAGGUCAUGCCCAUGCUCUGCCCGGGCGGGUUCGAUACGUGCGAAACCACACUACUCGGGCGUGAGCAAUAUCGCAAGAAUAAUACCGACGACGCGUAUCCCGGCUACUUCUCGCUCACGCUCGACAAUGACAUCCAAAUGGAGGCGACGUCGACGCGUCGCGCGGCGCUGGAGCGAUUCACGUUCCCGAACGGCACCAAGCCGUACUUCACGAUUGAUCUCGCGAACGAUCUCCCUGCGUCGUUCAAGGGAGGAGUCAUGGACAUCGAUCCGGAGAACUCGCGCAUUACUUUGAGUGGCCACUGGGGCUCUAGCUUCGGGCCAACCAUAUACACAUACGAGGCGUUUGCAUGCUACGACUUCGAGCAGAAGUUUGAUGAGUACGGUGUCUGGACUGGUGACCAGUACGGCAUGGACGCCAAAGGCCUCGGCAUGACCCAUCUGAACGUCACCCAGCUCCUGUACGGUGGCACGCCGUACCAGUCUGGCGCGCUUGUCUCGUUCAACGACUCCUCGGCACCCAUCCUGGCGCGCGUCGGCAUCUCGUACACCUCCGUCGACCAGGCGUGCCAGACCGCGCAGACUGAGAUCGGCGGCGCGUCGUUCGAGCAGGUGUUGAACGCGUCCAAGGAGCUCUGGAACGAGAAGCUGAGCAAGGUCGAGAUCGACUUCGCGAACACCCCGGCGAACAUCACCGAGAUGUUCUAUUCGUCAAUGUACCGCGCGUCUUUGACUCCUAGCAAUGCUACGGGAGAAGGCCAGGGCGCAUUUGCCAACACGACCUCGCCCUACUUCGACUCGCUGUAUUGCUCCUGGGACACCUUCCGCACCUUCUUCCCCUUCAUGUCGAUCCACUCGCCUGACGUGUUCGCCCAGAUGACGGAGAACUACAUCGACGGCUGGCGCAAACAGGGCUGGAUGCCCGAGUGCCGCGCGAACAACCUGCCCGGGUGGACCCAGGGCGGCUCGAGCGGCUGUAACAUCGUCUCGCAGUUUGCGAUCAGCUACCACGACCAGGCGCAGGCUCUCGGCGUUGAUCUGAGCGAGCUGUAUGAGGCUCUGUGGACCGACGGGGAGGUCAAUCCGCCGGAGUGGGAUACGCUUGGGCGGCAGAUCAACGUUUACAAGGAGUACGGAUACGUGCCGUUCGCCGUGCUUGAUCCCUCGUCUACCGGUCGUCAGACCAGAGAGGCCAGCCGCACGCUUGAGUACGCGUUUGAGGACUUUGGCAUUCGUCAAGUCGCGCUCCUGCUGAACAAGACGAGUGACAUCGAGUCGUACACCAACCGGUCCUACUAUUACCGUAAUGUCUUCGAUCCCUCCGUGGAGAGCGAGGGCUUCAAGGGCUUCACGCAGAAGCGCUACUCCAACGGCACUUUCUUCUACACUGACCCCAUUGACUGCUCGCCGAAGGACACCAACACGUCGCGCGAGUGCUCGUUGCAGGCAGAUAACACUGUUGGCUUCUUCGAGUCUUCGUCGUGGGAGUACAGCUGGUACGCGCCCCAUGAUGUCGCGCACCUCAUUGAGAUGAUGGGCGGCAAUGACACUUUUAUCAAGAGAUUGGAUCAUUACUUCGAUUCUGGAUACUACUUGGCAGGCAAUGAGCCUUCCUUCCAGGCGCCCGUCGGAUAUCACUACGCCAACGCACCCGCGAACAGUGUGAAGCGUUCUCGCCAACUCGUGUAUGAGAACUUCGCCUCAAAGACGGAGGGUCUGCCGGGAAACGACGACUCUGGAGCCAUGGCUACAUUCCUGAUCUUCCAUCUCCUCGGUCUCUACCCUGUCCCCUCGACGUCGCACUACCUGACACUCUCGCCUUUCAUCCCCAAGUACACGAUCCAUAACACCUACAUGAAUGCGAGCACCACCGUCACUGUCCAGGGUUACGAUCCGAACUCGAUUGCGUAUCCCAUCGCAAACGGCUCAGCAGUGUACGUCAAGAACGUGACCAUCAACGGGAAGCCAGCCGCAUCGCGCUGCUACUUCGACUUCUACGACACGUUCAAGGUCGGCGGCGACAUCGUCAUCGGGGUCACGUCUGACUUUGACGAGGCGAACAGCUGUGAUGGGCCGGUGCCCGAUAGCUUGUCGACGGGCGGGUUUGCUUCGCUCAGAUAA